AUGUCUGACACGGUCAAGACGGGCGACGAUCGCCGGGCCUCGGUCGCCCUCCACACGGCCCGCGAUGUCGAGCACAUCGAGGCGCCCGUCACCUGGAAAGCCUACCUGCUCUGCGCCUUUGCCUCGUUCGGCGGCAUCUUCUUCGGCUACGACUCGGGUUACAUCAACGGCGUCCUCGGCUCCCAGAUCUUCAUCAACGCCGUCAUGGGCGAGCCCGGCCACAAGCAGGUGUCGGAGAACUACAGCUCCCUCAUCGUCUCCAUCCUCUCCUGUGGCACCUUCUUUGGCGCCCUCAUCGCCGGCGACCUUGCCGACAUGAUGGGCCGCAAGUGGACCGUCAUCAUGGGCUGCUUCAUAUACAUGCUGGGUGUCGUCAUCCAGAUGAUCACCAGCCCUUCCGCUGCUCUGGGCCCCAUGGUGGCCGGCCGCCUCGUCGCCGGUCUCGGUGUCGGCUUCGAGUCUGCCGUGGUCAUUCUGUAUAUGUCUGAGAUUUGCCCUCGCAAGGUCCGCGGUGCUCUCGUCGCCGGCUACCAGUUUUGCAUCACCAUCGGCAUCAUGCUGGCGUCCAUUAUCGUCUAUGCCACAAAGAACUACACCGACACGGCCGCCUACCGCAUCCCCAUUGCCAUCCAGUUUCCGUGGGCCCUGAUCCUCGGCGGUGGCCUCAUGUUCCUCCCCGACUCUCCCCGCUACUUUGUCAAGAAGGGCCUAAUUCAAAAGGCCGUGAGCGCCCUCGCCCGGAUCCGCGGCCAGCCCGAGUCCUCCGAGUACGUCCAGGGCGAGAUUGCCGAGAUCAUUGCCAACGAGGAAUACGAGCGCGCCCUCGUGCCCUCGACGACCUGGUUCGGCAGCUGGGCCAACUGUUUCCGCGGCAGCUUGUUCCAGGCAAAGUCCAACCUGCGCCGCACGAUCCUCGGCACCUCUCUGCAGAUGAUGCAGCAAUGGACCGGCGUCAACUUCAUCUUCUACUACUCGACUCCCUUCCUGCAGUCCACGGGCGCCAUUGACAACUCGUUCCUCAUCUCCAUGAUCUUCACCCUCGUCAAUGUGCUGUCCACGCCCCUCUCCUUCUGGACCGUCGAGCGCUUUGGUCGCCGCACCAUCCUCAUCUCGGGCGCCAUGGGCAUGCUCAUCUGCCAGUUCCUCGUCGCCAUCAUCGGCGUCACCGAUAUCGCCAACAACAUCCCCGCCGUCAACGCGCAGAUUGCCUUCAUCGCCAUCUUCAUCUUCUGGUUCGCGUCGACGUGGGGCCCCGGUGCCUGGAUCGUCAUUGGCGAGAUCUUCCCGCUGCCCAUCCGCUCCCGCGGUGUCGGUCUGUCAACGGCGUCUAACUGGCUGUGGAACACCAUCAUCGCCGUCGUCACCCCCUACAUGGUGGGCAAGGACCGCGGCAACCUCAAGUCGUCCGUCUUCUUCGUGUGGGGCGCGCUGUGCAGCUGUGCCUUUGUCUACGCCUACUUCCUCAUCCCCGAAACCAAGGGCCUGUCGCUCGAGCAGGUGGACAAGAUGAUGGAGGAAACGACGCCGCGCAAGUCGGCCAAGUGGAAGCCGACGUCGACGUUUGCCAACACGAUGGGCGCGGGCGAUUACAUGGAGAAGCCCAUUGUCGAGGACCUCGAGCAUCGCCGCUCUGCCGUCUAG